UCCAAACUGUCCUAAUUAUUGUGAGUUUUUAAUGUACUUCGCUAAAUAGUUGUGUGAAUCCCUAUCAUUGUCUUUGUCAAAACAUUUUCACCAUUUCUCUUAUAUUUCUUUAUUCAUGUUACAUUAAAUGCAGUUAAGAUCCUAAAAGAACCUCAUUGGAAUAUCUGACCUAAUUUUCUCAGGAGAGUUGUAAUAUCUCUAUUACUACAAUGUUAUCUUCUUUUAUUGAAGUCACCUUUUAUGACUCAAAGAUGUAGUGUUGAGUUUUCUUCACAUAUUUUAAAGUUUGUAGUUUUCUUCAUGUGAGUUCUGCCCAUUAUUAAGUGUUAUUUUUGAUAUUUUAAAACUUAUUGAUCCUAUUGGGAACAGAACUUUUUUCAUUAUUUUAUAAAGAAUAUUAGAUGUACCUGAUGGAACAUAGAAAGAUUGCUGAUUCUCAUAUGCUGUUUUCUAAUUGGUCAUCUUAUGAAACUUAAUUCUGAUGGUUUUUAUUGGGUUUUGUAGUAACUCAAUUAUAUAGCAUCUGUAAAUGAUGAUGAUUUUGUCUUCUUUCCAAAAUUUAAUUCUUGUUUCAUUUUCUUAGGACUUUGAUCAGAACUUCUAGAAUAAUGUUGAGUCAUAUUAUAGCGGUGAACAGUUGAAGGUUUAGAACAGAUGUGGAAAGAUGUUUACUUCAGAGAAAGGAGUUGUGGAGGAAUGGUUGUCAGAAUUUAAGACAUUACCAGAAACAUCUUUAUCAAAUUAUGCCACAAAUUUGAAAGACAAGAGUUCUUUAGUUUCGUCUCUCUAUAAAGUUAUCCAGGAGCCACAAAGUGAGUUGCUAGAACCUGUCUGUCACCAGCUGUUUGAAUUCUAUCGCAGUGGAGAGGAGCAGUUGCUUCGAUUUACACUGCAAUUUCUCCCAGAACUGAUUUGGUGCUAUCUUGCAGUCUCGGCCAGCAGAAAUGUGCAUAGCAGUGGAUGCAUUGAAGCUCUUCUUCUAGGGGUUUAUAAUUUGGAAAUAGUUGACAAACAGGGACAUAGCAAAGUAUUGAGUUUUACAAUUCCAUCUUUAUCCAAACCAUCUGUAUAUCAUGAACCUUCCAGCAUUGGGUCCAUGGCUCUGACCGAGAGUGCUCUAUCCCAGCACGGUUUGUCAAAAGUUGUGUACAGUGGACCUCAUCCUCAAAGGGAGAUGCUGACAGCACAGAAUAGGUUUGAAGUGUUGACAUUCCUUUUGUUGUGUUACAAUGCUGCCUUAACCUAUAUGCCCAGUGUUUCUCUUCAGUCACUGUGUCAAAUUUGUUCAAGAAUCUGUGUUUGUGGAUAUCCUCGACAACAUGUAAGAAAAUACAAAGGUAUAAGUAGUAGGAUACCAGUUUCUUCAGGAUUCAUGGUCCAAAUGUUAACAGGGAUUUAUUUUGCCUUUUAUAAUGGAGAAUGGGAUCUAGCUCAAAAAGCACUGGAUGAUAUUAUAUACAGAGCCCAGCUAGAAUUAUAUCCAGAGCCAUUGCUGGUUGCUAAUGCAAUAAAGGCUUCAUUGCCUCAUGGUCCCAUGAAAUCUAACAAGGAAGGUACAAGGUGUAUUCAAGUUGAAAUCACACCAACUUCCUCUAGAAUAUCAAGAAAUGCAGUAACCAGCAUGUCAAUAAGGGGUCAUAGGUGGAAAAGACACGGAAAUACAGAAUUAACAGGUCAAGAAGAACUGAUGGACAUAUCUGAAGUUGACGAGGGAUUUUAUUCCAGGGCUGCGUCUAGUACCAGCCAGUCGGGUUUAUCAAACAGUAGUCACAAUUGUAGUAAUAAGACAAGUAUAGGAAAAAACCAGAGACGGUCAGGAGGAAGCAAAACUGGAGGAAAAGAAAAAGAAACUACAGGGGAAUCUUGCAAAGAUCACUUUGCUCGAAAACAAACUCAGAGAGCCCAAAGUGAGAAUCUUGAGCUUCUCUCUUUGAAGAGACUUACUUUAACAACCAGCCAAUCCCUACCUAAGCCUAGUUGCCAUGGCUUGGCUAAGACUGCAGCGACUGUAUUUAGUAAAUCCUUUGAACAAGUCAGUGGUGUCACAGUCCCACAUAACCCGUCAUCUGCUGUUGGUUGUGGGACUGGGGCAGAUGCCAAUAGGUUUUCUGCUUGUAGUCUCCAAGAAGAAAAGCUUAUUUACGUUUCAGAAAGAACUGAACUUCCAAUGAAGCAUCAAUCAGGUCAGCAGAGACCUCCUAGUAUUAGCAUUACUCUGUCCACAGAUUAAUUAGUAACAUAUUUUCUCCCAUAAUCCAGUGAACCUGGAAAUACAACUUUGCUUCUUCAUGAAUGUGCCCUGGGUCUUUUAUCCAUAUUCCUGACAGAGGAGCCUGGUGUCUUAAAUUCGGAAGGCUCCCUUGACUUUAUGAAGGGAGUGUUGUCUAGGUUGAAAUACGGUUUUAUUUCUUGAUUACAAUUUUUUCCCCUUGGCUUGAGUCUUUUUUUUUCCUUCUUGUUACUGUUGCCCUAAGAUUGUCAGUGACAAUAAUUUUGACAGGUUUUCUGAUCAAGUUGGUUAUAUCUCAUGUGAGGUUGUAAGGUGGGUUUUUUUUUUGUUUGUUUGUGUGUGUGUGUUUUUUUUUAAAAUAGCUCCUAUUUUGGUGGUUGUGUGUUUGGCCUUCAGAGUCAAAGGGAGUCUCCAUGUAUGGGAACUUUUAUAGAGGAUGGGGCAGAGGCACAACUCCAGGAAUUCUGCAGCUCCUGGUCAGGAAGCCAAUCUGAAAAACAGGCAUGUGGAAAAACGAAAAUGAUGUGCAUGAAAAGCACCUGAUGAAAAUGUUUGUAACCAGAGCAUCUUUAAGAUUAGAACAGUUUGUUCAAAGCACUGGAAAAUGCCUGGUAACCCAGUUCUUAGAAUAUUAUAUGAGGUAGAGACAUUUCUGUUAUCUUUGAAACAUUUUUAUAUCAGAAAUCAGAUUGCUGGUAGGUGUGUUGUUUUGAAGUGUUUGAUCUGGAUUUAGCAGGUGAAGAUCCCUUUCAGUUCUUAAGGUAUAAUAGGCGGUAAAGCUGAUUUGCCCUACUGCUCAACUUUGGAAAUCCUAGUUAGUUUGGACUCCUAUAAUUCAGAGCAUACAUCAUUGAAGACUUCCUGGAAAUCAGUGUAAAUCUUGCAACACAGCUCUCAAGAUACCAGUAUCAACUGUAUAAUAUGGAAUUGUUUGUCUGCAAAUGAAGGAAAUUAGAUACAUCUUUCAUCUAUAAAAUGUCAUGAAAGAAAAUAAAGUUUGUGAACUAUGGACAAAGGACAUUUAUUUAUUGACUAAUUUAGGGUUGUUUCUGUUUGUGUUCUUAAAUCUAAAAUAUGAAAAAAAAUGAAAUGUGUUUCUUGUUUGUGAACAGGCCUAUCUUAAAUAUCUUAGUGUGAUAUCAAAAGAGUAAUCAGUUUAGUUACCUCCCAACUAAAAAAUAAAAAUAAAGGCGAUAUGGCCGAAGUUAAAACAAACUUGUAUGUAUCUGUAGGUGACCUUUGAUGGACAUAAACAUUUGGUGUUUGCUAGCGGUAGUCCUUUUGCCUAUGGUUGCGGUUCCCUUGUAAAGCAAGUGUACUUAAGUCAUCAUUCAGAAUGAGAGAGGGGAAGCAGGGCUGAGGCUGAGUCAGUUGACUGUUGAGGAAGGCCUAAGGAGCUGUCCAGUUCUUGGCUCUUUCACUGUCAGUACACAGCGAUUUUCUUCUUCAUAGUCCCUUGCUGUGGUCACCAAUAGAGCAUGCUAGUGUUUCCUCUUGUACCUGCUUAUGCAGAGCUCAGAUAUGUGAAAAAUUUGUAUGUUUGGAAGGCUGCCAGAGCAUUUAUUUUCAACAUAGUUUUGACUACAACUGCUUUGACUACCAUUUUAAACUAAAUUCUUCAAAAAGUAUGAGCUAGUUUUCAUUCAUUAGCCCCGAUUACAAUGUGGUUUUCGGCAUAAAUGAAUUUGAUUUUUUUUCUUAGCUCCAGUAACAGAAUGGAAUAAGAUCUAUUGGCAUAAAUUGUAGUUAAGAACUAUAAGGCAGUCAGGCAGUGAAACUUGGUAUUAAUAGGAAUCCUGCAUACAAAUUAUAAUAUUUGUAAAAUGUCACUGUGAGUUUACUAAUGUCUUUUUGUCACUUUAACAAUGAAUUUCCCCUGUGCAUAGUUAUUAAUAGUAUUGGUAUUAUUAAAAAUGAAUUUGUAAGAUUGGCAUUUUAAGCAAGUUGAGGUGCUUAGGAAACAUUGCAGAAUAAGUUUGAGGAAAUGUUAGCUGACACAGCUGAGAGAUCAGAUGUUAAUGUUCUACCACUGUAAUGGAACCUUAUUUGGGUAUUCUUCUAGACCUUUGCUGGUUGUGUGGUCUGAGGACCAGUAAGUAGGAUUGGCAUAAUCUGAUGUCUUGUUAAAAAUGCAGAAUUUUAGUGUCACUCUAAGUCUACUAAAUCAGAAUUUGCAUUUUUAACAAGGUCUUCAAGUGAAUUUUAUGAAAAGAAAGUGUUAGAGUGCAAACAAAUUAUCUAAAAUGUAGAAUUCCCAGUGGUCUCACAGCCCUAAAUCAAAUGUGUCAGACCCUAGAUCAUUAUAAUCUUAACGGUUUUGACAGCUAAUUAAUAAAUUUAAUAUUUGACAUAUGGCUUCUUAAGUCUUUGAAUUCUAAAUUGCAAAUGAUCCUGAAUUUUACAAUAAAAAAUGUAACGCUUUAUAUUUUUCUUGUUAACCAUAAAUGGAAUCAGAGCUGUAAAUGCCUGAAAUUUGAAGUAUGAAAAGGGGUGCCACCCAUUUAUAAACUGCACAACAAAUUUGCAUUUGUAUAUUCUUUUAAAAAAAUAUAUCUGAAGGCUUACUCAGUAAAAUGGUUCUGAAUUUUUGCUUCAAAUGAUUUGCACUAACUGAUUUUCUGGGGUGUGAAGUUAUGUUAACAACAAAAUUCUUUUAUAGUUCCUUUGAUACUAUUUCAAAUAAGGAUUACUCAUUGAAAGUUUUUAUAGAAAUUAUGAAAAUUGGAUAAUCUUAACUGUGGUAACAAUUACUAUUAUCCAUAUUACUAUCUCACCACUCAUCUUUCAAAUUUAAAAGUUGGGGUAGCUUUCGUAGGUCACUUUCUUAUAAAGAUGCUGAUAGUCAUAGACCUCCUAAGUCUCCAGAAUAAUAUUUUUAUCAUGAGAAGGAUUCCACACAAAAUUGGGAUAUUGUACCUCGUAGUUCAGAGGAUCUGAACAGAAAUUGUGGCUCCAUUGCACAUUUUAAGUCUCUUGAAAUCGCCCAACCUCUCACUUUUGAAAACCCAAUGGCCUGGGGUGUUCUGGUGGCAUUGGAGCCAGCACUAGCUUUUUGGAAUCCAAAUGGGGAGAGAACGUAGACUUUUCAAGGGACUGCCCUAGAGUACCCAGGGCAAAUGCUUCCUUUCCCUUCCUAAAGCCACAGGAAAGCACCCUGGAGUCCUUUGUGUACCACUAUGGAAAUUUUAAAGGCAAGCUCUCUAGACUUGAAGAGUUGGAAUUCUCAGCAUUUAAAUGAUGACUUAAAUUUGUUUUGAAAAAGCAGUAUUUCAUUGCCCUUUUCAAUUGUGAAGCAACUGCUUGGCAAAUAUUACUCAGUUUUUUAAAAAAAGUUGAAUUAAAGGGAAAUAUAUUUAUAAAACCAAAAUAGAUCAAAAUGAUCCCAAUUUUAAGGGAUUUUGCCUAUUUUGGAAGAAUAAAACUAAAAUGUUAAAACUGUUGAAUUAUGGAGAAGAGAUGUACUCUGAGACAUAAUUUUAAAUAAAUGUUUAAAAUAAGGCAGGUUAGCAUUUGCAUCUAGGUACAAUAAAUCUAUAUUAAAGGGAAGCACAUCAAGGAAAUACAUAUGUUGAAUAAUGUAACUGAAAAAUAUUUUUUAAAAACCACUUAAAAAUAAUUUGAUAGGUACUUUAAGCAUUGUAGAUACAAAUUAAUGUAUAAUAGUGUCUUCCCAGCCUUUGUAUGAAAAGUUAAAACUUUCUAGUCCUUUAAUGAGCAUGAAUUUAUACUUCUAGAUUUGUUGCUUAGUAAAAUUAUACACAGUACUUUGAGUUAUUCAGAUUUAUGUUUAAUAUUAUUAAAUUCAUCAGAGAAGAUAAAUAUAUUGUCUUCUAUACUUUGUAACUUGUGGAUAUCUAAAGAAACUAGCAAUGAACAUUUUGGAAGAUGUUUUGUGUUUUUUAUAGUAGAGUUUUAGAGUACAUGUGUGUUAAUAGGAAGUUUUUACCAUAAACUCAAGAUUCUAUUUCAUGUAUUGCUGCUUUCUCUUCUAUGGAACUUACUGUGUGCCUCUUACUUUAUUUCUAAUCAUGUAGUGAUACUAAUCUUUUCAUAGUAAAUAUACUUGUUUCUAAUUGUAUUCCUACAGUUUACAUUCCUAAAGAAUAAACUAUGACUUUGGAUAUUUUUAUGUGUUCCCUACCUUCUUAAGGCUAUGGAAAUAAACUGGAAUUUAGUUUUUUGAUUUUUUUGUAUAUUUGUGCAAAUGUUCUCCAUAUGCAGUACUUUAUACAAGUGUUGCCGCUUUUAUUGAAAUAAAAACUGAAAAAAAUA